AUGGCCAGCAGUGGCAUAGUGAUACACGUGACGGCACAGGGGACGACGCCCGCCUCGGAGCUCGCUGCUGGCAGGCACCGCCGGCACACGUGUUGGGAGAGACGGCGCGGCGCGGCGGGCGAGGUUAUCAGUGCCCUGGGCCGCCGCUUGCCCGGCUUCGCGGCAUUUCCUCGGGAGGCCCCCAGUGUCCGCCCCGUGGAGUGGGGCCUGGCACACAGAGGGCGCGCUCCGCCCUGCGCCGGCCUGGAGGCUGGAGGCGGCGUGCGCUAUCGCGCCAUCUCGCGCCGUUAUCUACCGCCCCCGCCGCCGCCGCCGCCGCCGCCCCCGCGGCCACGACGCCCCCAGGCCGCGCUGGGCCAGGACGGGCCGCCUGAAUUUAAUAACGGCGCGUAUUUUAUCCGCAGGCCGCUGGCCAGGCCCCCGGCUACGUCACCGGCUCUGCUGGCGUCUGCUGCUCCCCCCAGCCCCGCCUCAACAGUCAGGCCAGUAGCUGCACAGGCGGCGUACAGGCCGCUGCUAACGGCCUCGGCAGGCGGCAGGCAGCAGGCGGGCAGUGCAGGCUCUCCUUUGGCAGGGCCGGGCGCCGCCUUGUUAGCCAGGUGGGUGCCUCGGCGCGUGCCGGAUUGGCCUCAUGCGCCGCCGCCCCAGGGGUCGCUCGCGGCCGCCGCCCGCUCCCUGCCCGUUUACCUGCGCUCGCGACCUGAGAAUUAUUCCCUCCCUGCACCCACACGCCACAACGCCGUUCUCACAAAUAAAGCUGCACUGGAAGCUGGCUACUGGGAAGAUGCUCCUGCUUCUGACUAA